ACGCAACUGAUUUGCGCGCCGAUCCGAUUGGAUUGGAACAAAAGCUUGACCAAAAACGGCCCAUCGCGCUUAUUUGGCGUUUCGCUUUUCCGUGGUCCGGUAGUGUCACCCGCGCGCGAGGACGGCUGUUUUUGGAGUCGCGGGUCACACAUUUCCACACAGCUGCUUUUUGGUAGUGCUUCUUCGGCGGCACCUUGGAGUGAGCGGCGGUAUAAAAUACUCGCACAGUCGCAAAUACACUAUCAUUAGCUUGCUGUCAUUUGUUUAAUCAACACGCACUGAAUUAAUUUCGAAUCCGAGUCCUCCUGGCCAGAGGUCCGAUCGGCGACAACGAAGAAAGGAAGAAGAAGUCAACGGUGAAGAAGUAGAGCUUCGGUGGGGGAGUUAAAGGAAAGUGUAGAAAGUGAAAAGUGAAGAGCGAGAUGAAAUCGACAACUACGUGCUUGGCGGUGUUGAGUGCCGCCGCCCUGUUUGGUGUGGUGUCCUGUGCGUCGAUCGGUUCCAAUCUGGUGGUUGAUGCCACGCCAAGGAUCGCCACCAGCGAGCAGCUGCUGUCCUCGAUUGUGAACGAGUGCUUCGAGGAUGAUUCGGUGAUGAACUGCCUCAAGGGCAAGGUGUUGGUCUACCUGGACGGAGUGUUGGGACUACGCGAGGAACAGGCCCGUGCCUUCGAGGAGCAGAAUGUAGAUAAGGUUAUCUUUGAUCGCGUGGCCCGCAUCCUGGCCACCCAUGAGUUCAAGGUUCAACUGCCGGAGGAUACCGUUGUGAGCUACCGUGCCGAUAAGGGUGUUAACCUGGAUGUGGUCCCCGCUGGACUGGCCACCGAAUCGCGCGGUCAUUUACUGAAGAAGAAACUCCUGCUUCCAGUGCUGCUGCUGCUGAAGCUCAAGAUGAAAGCCCUGAUGCCGAUCUUCGUCGCCCUGAUCGGCCUCAAGGCCAUGAAGGCCCUGAUCCUGUCCAAGCUGGCCAUCACCCUGGUGCUCGGAUUCCUCGUAGCCCAGCUGGUUAAGAAGUCCGGCCUCGGAAUGCCCAUGAUGUCGAUGAUGCCAAUGAUGCCCCCGGCAGCCGAAUACGGUGCCCCUGCUCCGGCCACCACCGAGCCACCAUCGUCCAGCUACGGUGCUCCCUCCUGGGAGUCGCAAUCCGGUGGACCGUACUCCCGCGUCUGGGAACCAUCCACCUCGUCCUCGUCCCACAAUUUGGCCUACAGCUCGUACUACCCCAGUGGAUCCAGCAGCUCGUACAGCUCCACCGCCUACAACUCGGGUUCCAGCACCAGCGCUAGCUCGUCGCCAUCCUCGUCCUCCUCCUCUUCCUCUUCCUCCUCAAGCUCGGCUCACGCUUACUAAGCGAACCCCCACCCAAAACGUACCAAAAAAUGCAAAACGCAAGCACCUUCCCCCAGUAGUCAAUUGAACAAAUGUACAGAUAAAGGAAAGAAAGUCUCAUGCCAAAAAUUCAUCAAAGUAAAAAAAAACAGGAAACAACUUUUUCUCAAAACAAGAACUGAAAAAUCUCAACGACAUCUCAAAAAGAUACAAAAAAAAAAACAACCGGAACACGGUAGAGUUAACCUUGCCGAUUGGUGACGGAUCCCAAUCGAAGUCGAGGGAUGACUAAACACAUCACGAAUUUUAGAGAGUGAACACGAUUCUUGUUAAUGUUAUUUAUUUAUUUUGCUCAGCUCACGCGCUAUUUAUUUGUCUCGUUCGAGAGUGUAUUUAAAUAAACGAAAUAUUUCAAACGA